AUGACUCUGCCCUGUCGUAGAACUCGGCUCAGAUGCCAACCAAGUACCAAACAUGAAGAUUCGGCAUUCGUCACAUUGCUGCGGAAAGGCGAGCAGACAUCAGUCGACUUGGGCAUUAAUUUGGAUGCAGCAGAACAGGGAGGCAGGGACAACAAGCGUCGAGUCCGUGAUGGCGUGGUCGCGGUCGAGACCACCAAGAGCAUGAUCGAAGGGCCGGCACUCUGCAAAUCCAUCAAGGUCAUCACAGAAGACAAGCACAAUGGUGGGAGCACGCAGCGCCGGCAGCACGAGGAAAGAGCCACGGGCCUCGAGAUUGCCGGAAAAGUAGAGGAAGGCCCGAGGAAAGUUUCGGAAGGAAGACCGCAUGUCAAGCAGCGGCGCAGAUGCAGGGUGACCAGCAUGAUGAAGGGGCAUGCAGCGGACAGGCGACUGGGUCUUCCCACUGGCUCCUCCUCCCCUGCUCUGGUCCCUCCUUGCUCCGGCGGUUCCCAAAAUCUCAACUCUCUCGCGCUUUCAAGUGUGGGCGUGGCAGAAGGAGGCGCAUACGGUGUCGGCAUAUACGCACUCUAA